AUGAUGAAGUUGCUGCUAGCAGUUCUCAGUCUAUUACAUGUGUUCACUUUCGCCAGUGCAAUUGGAUUCAGGGGAGUCCUAAAGCCGAUCCCAGCUGAAGUCGCUGAGUUGUCAAAGGAGUUGAAUCAUGAAGUGGUCAAUAUCAACAACUACGCCCAGAGAAUCAAAGUAGAUCUUUACAAUUUGAGUGGUGGUGGUAAAAAAAACACAAUUGUCAAGCCGUUGAGAGCGGUAGUGACCAAAGACUACAAUUUCAAAUUUGACCGUUUACACCAAGGCGAGUACGAAUUGGUUGUAAAUUCGUACGAUUUCACUUUUGACAAGAGCAAAUUUCGAAUCAUCAUUGACGAUCAAGGAACGGUGACGGCGUAUGACUUUCCCUUGGGACAAGAACAUUUCAACACGACAUCGGGCGUUGUCGUCAGUCGCGACAGGCCCUUGCAAUUACAGUUCAAAGACGUCAAGCAGUUUUACGAGAAAUCUGGAGGGACACUAAAAGAUAUGGUAAUCAACAGUCCGCUUGGGUUUAUCUUCAAAAACACCACAUACACCAUCAUCUUUGUUGCCUGCUUGGCGAUUAUGGCUGCUCCCUAUAUCUUGCAAUGGGUCAACCCGGAAUUGGCUGCGGAAUUGAAUGAUGCUAGGGUCAAAGUUGCCGAUGACCGAAUUGAAAAGAAGCCCGUGCUGGAUUACCAACCUGCGGCCGUGGGCGAGCUGUCGGUUAGAACUGGCGCCAAGAAUAUCAAAAAGAGGAGGUAG